UUUUAAUGAAAAGUAAUUUUUCUUGAAAAAUGCAUGAACAAAUGCAUGGAGUUGAAGUGUUUUUAUAUAUCAAUAUCUUUUGGUAGGGGCAAGGCCGUAUGGUAGGGUAGGGGCAUAUAAAAGAGACCUAAGGUCAAGAUACUUUGAUUUGCGAUUAUCGAGCGAAGCUGCAGAGUCACCAAACCAGCAGAGUAGUCCAGAAGUGAGCUCAGCCGGACACUGGCCAGCAGCAGCGGUAUGCCCGGCCCGGGUCAGCCGCCGGCCGCGGCGCCGGCCCCCAGCCUGCCGGGCUACCAGCUCAUGGAGCGGCUCGGCUCCGGCACGUAUGCUGACGUGUACCGGUGCGUGUGCGGCGCCGACCGCCGCCAGCUGGCGCUCAAGUGCGUGCAUCGCUCGCGUCUGAACCGCCGCGCCACCGACAACAUCGUCUCGGAGAUCAGCCUGCUGAAGCGGCUGCAGCACCCGAACGUGGUCGCGCUGCACGACUUCGGCUGCGAUAAACACUACGUGUAUAUCGUCAUGGAGUUGUGUUCGGGCGGAGACCUAUCCCAGCUGAUCCGGUCACGCCGCCGACUGCCAGAGAGUAUGGUGCGUCAGUUUCUGCGUCAGCUCGGUCUGGCCAUGCAGUACCUGCACUCGCACAGCAUCUCCCACAUGGACCUGAAGCCGCAGAACCUGCUGCUCACCUCCGACUCGCCUCCGACACUCAAAGUGGCCGAUUUCGGUUUUGCCGACUAUCUGAUGCCCGACGCGGAGACUGAGGGCGGUCUGCGCGGCAGUCCGCUGUACAUGGCACCGGAGAUUGUCACCAAGGGCGUGUACAGCGCCAGCGCCGACCUCUGGUCCAUCGGUGUUAUACUCUACGAAUGUUUGUUUGGAAGAGCUCCCUAUUCUUCGUCAACCAUUGAAGAACUUCUGAAGAAAAUCAAAGAGGAUAAACCUGUCGAGCUGCCGCCGGGUGUGUCGAUAUCGUUCGACUGCCGGGACCUGGUGACCCGACUGCUGCAGCGCUCCCCGCAGGACCGAAUCACGUUCGAGGACUUCUUCAACCACCCCUUCUUGGACCUGGAGCACGCUCCUUGCGCUGAGUCGCUGGCAAAGGGUGCGCGGGUGUUGGAGCGCGCCGUGGAGCGGGACGAGGCCGAAGACUGGGAGGCCGCCAUCCGACUCUACUCGGACGGCGUGGAACACCUGUUCGCCGCCAUGCAAUUUGAGAAGAGCGAGCAGUGCCGCAUUGCGCUGCGCCGCCGACUGACCGACUACAUCCGCCGGGCGGAGGUGCUCCGGGCCCGUCUGAGGUCAGCGGCGCCAGCCGGCACCGCGGUCACCGUGCGGGACUCGGGCGACCCCACCUGCUCUUCCGACGCCGAGGCGGCGCCUCUGGAGGCGCUGGCGGCGCGGCGCGAGUCUGUUCGCUCGGCGCUGGAGCUGGUCCGCUCGGCGGUCUGGUACGAGCGCGAGGCGCGCUGGGACAUCGCGCUCGACAAGUACCGGCUGGCCAUUCAGGAGAUGAUGACCCCGGCCGAACAGGCUUGUCUGCAUGAGCGACGCGUGCUCGUGGCGACCAUGAACCGGUGGCUGAGUCGGGCCGAGUCGAUCCAGUCGGUCCGCGAGCUGCAGUCGGAGCUGGCGAACCCCGAUGGUGGCGGACCCAGCGCGCCUGAUGGGCACAAAAACAAAACCUGUACGCUGCAGUAAUAUUGCAAGGGAACGUGCCUGUCGACUUCGCCUCCAUUUUGGUGCUAUAUGCGUGGUGCGUACAGCACACAGUCAUCACUGGUGACGUGUGUUGGCGUCCCCUACUGUGCACCAAUGUCCGGUGGAGCUCUCGCACAGCGUGAGCUGCUAUUUGGCUGUUACUUUAGCGGUGAGUUGAUGCGUUCAAUAGAAUCAGAAGGUGUUAUAAUGAAAGAUCAACUUGCUUUCAGUCAUCGGUGCUAAUCUUCAAUUGCAACUCCAUCGUUCAUUUUCGGACACAUGAAAGCGAGGAGCAGGGACUUCAAUUUGCUACUUUCAGCCAUGUCAUUCAUGCAACUGGCGAACAGUGUAUCACGUUAUCAGGGCUUUAUCACAUUUAGCCUUGCAAGGGUACACAGUCAGAGUUCGUAGUGGUCCUAUACAAAUCGACGCAUCAUGUUGAAACCUUGGUGUAUUGUUAUCGUGUACGUUAAUUUGUUACCGCGAUGCAUCGAGUGUACUUGUACACGUAUUUUUUCUGGUUGCGUCUCGCUAACUUGUGCUAAUGGUGCAAUGUUUUCGUGAUCAUAUUUACCGAAUCGCUGCGUAAUAAAUGCAGGCACUGUCUUUC